AUGAAUCUGGCACCCACUAGGGAGAGUCAAAGGAGGCUGGAGAAGAAGAAGAGCAGCAGUCGAGCUCGAAGCGCCGAAGACGUGCUGCCAGUGAUGUUGUUGAAGGUCGAGAAAAGGAAGAAAAGAAAGAAACAAAAGACGAAGCGAGAAGGCAGAAAAAAGGGCGGUGCCAAAAGGGGGAAAAAGGGCGGCAGCACCCAGGGCAGACGCCGCUAG